AUGAUCUCGGCCAACUUGAACCGGUCGAUGCGCUCACGCUUCUCGAGUCCAGCCCAAGGGUCCGGGUCUCCGCAAGCCAGGGAAUCGAGGAAUGGAAGCGCAGAGGAUUCGUCUACCGCGAGCAAGGGCAACUUGACAACCGAGGGAUCUAGGAGUAUCAUGGACAAGUGGCUGGAACCGGCAGUCCAGAACAAGGCUAGCCACGAGGAGGCUGGGCUGGCCAGGCAUGGGGUUCUCGAGGGCAUGGUCCCGCUAGGCAGCCUGCCCAAGGCCCGGAAGGCGGAGCCUGGGAGCAGCGGAGGCGUUCGCAGGAUCAUCCUCAAACACUCAAAUAGAGGUGCCAGGGAGGCGUCACGAUCACAAGCAAAGGGCUCGCUGGAUACGGAUAUUGAGAGGAAAUCUGUCUCCGACUCAGCUCCAGCAUCAGCGUCAGCAUCCGCAUCCGCAGCCGCAACACCAACACGGGCAACCCAUGAGGCUGCUGCAUCCGAUGCAAGGUCAGAGGCCCCAUCUGCAUCAGAAACAUCAACCGCUGCACCGGCGCAUUCUCCUGUGGCGAGACCGGCGCUUCCGCCCCUGGUGGAAUUUCUGCCGCCCUCCUCGAAUCGCGCAACCACGCGCAAGUCGCUCCCCACACGCGAUACACCAAAGGAAAUAGAGGAAGACGACGAGUACGAGCCCAGAAGCUCGGGCAGACGACGAUCCGUCGCGCGUCCAGCUCCCCCUAAGCGAGGCAGACCGCCGACAGCCACGCGCCGAAGCUCCAUGCCUUCAUCCAAAAAUUCACCCGUGAAGCAACUCUCACCCACUCCACCUCCGCUGUCGGCUCAAGCGCCGGCGCGCCUUUCUCAGCGUCCUCCGUCAGCAUCCAGCACCAAGAUGAUCUAUCGUGGCACGGAAUUUGUCGAGAAAGUCAUCGAGGCUGCUGUGGACGAGGCGCUCAGCCACCAUCGCUACCCCACCGCAUGGGCCCUACGGACGUUUUACGACGACAGAUCAGAGGACCCUGGUUUUGUGCGCAUGGUCGAAGAGAUCUUCAAUCAGACAGCCGACGCGAGCACACGCAAAUCAUUCUUUGAGCAGCUGGCACGCAGGAAACACGAUGGGCGCUACAGGAAUCAAGGUCGCGAUUACUUUGUCCCUCCCGCAGACAACGGUAGCUUUGAGCCUCACCUCCCCAAGAAGGCGCCUUACGCCCAUCUCAUCCUGCACAAUGAGAACGAAGACGCUGAUCAUUUCGAGCCUCGCGAGGCUCGCGCCCCAAAGCGGGUCAAGGUCACUCAGCGGUGGACCGAUAUUUCACCUCGCAAAGCAUCCUCGACAGGUUCAGGUCUUGCAGAUGUAGCAGAUUCAGCGGACACGACCGUGCCACUUGAGCAGCAAGCAGCAGCAGCAGCGGCAGUUGGAGCAGCUGAGGCGAUGGCAGAGCCAGAGGCGAAAGAGCCAAUGCACAGAGCAUCCACACCCGCGCAAGCCGAAGUCGCACCAGCGCGGACGCCUGCUCGAACGUCGACGGUCAAGAUCAAGACUCCCGGAUCACGCAGGCGAGCCAGGAAGACGUCUCAUUCGAGCGAGUCUUCGCUUUCGUCCGUGGAGCAUCUCCCUUCACCCGAACUUCCGGAUGACAGCGCACUGGUGACAACGGCCGCCGAGGAGGACGACGAGGGUGAGGACGAGGUGGCAGCAACGAGCCCCUCGCUGCGAGGAAUGGCUCGCAAAGCAGCGGCGAAACCCAGGAAGACGCGAGCCAAGAGGGCGAGCACGGCUGUGGGAGGAGGCAUGGCCGACGGGGGGAACUCCACGUCGCCAGCACCUCGGGGAGCUGGCGCGGCCCAGCCAAUCAACACGCGCCGCAAAGCACUGGCAGCGUCCAAGCAGCACAAGGAGACUUUUGCCUCUGCCUCCGUCUCUGCCUCAAACUCACCCACCACCACCACCCUCCCCCAGUCACCCACGCAGGACUUUCCUCAUCAUUUCCCCAACGGUCGUUCAUCAGGCGACGGCAAUAGCAUGCCAGGCCUCGUCGCUUCGAAUCCACCUGGUCGAAGCCACGCAAAAGACAAGUCCCACUCCAAGGCGAGCCUCAAGAUACACAUCCCCCCAGCUGGCAGCCGCGACGACGCCUUUGAGAAGCGCAAGAUCGCCAAGCAGGUCACCAACAGCUAUCGCGGCCAGGAGAGCGCUGUCCGUGAUGCCGACGAUGAGCGGGAGAUGACGCCUGUGCGGUCCACAAGGAAGACUAGGCAGUCUACCGGUGUCCCACCGUCCAGCGUCGCGGCCAGCGUCACCGCCAGUGCGCGAGCCACGCGCUCUGCAAAGCGAACCUUUCUCGAUGAGCUCGACCAGACCGAAUGGUCAAGCUCUUUCCCCACGGCCAUCAACCUCGAUGGGAGAAGUUCAACCGUUGGCUCGCGUGCUGCGACGCCUACCAACCUCAGACCUGCCAAGAAGCAGAAGAGCGGCCUGCGCAUCAAGUCAUCCCCACAAAAGAAGAAGGGAGGCACAGCUGCUGGCGUUCCUCGAACGAUUGGCGAAGCCCAGGCUGGCGCUUACGGAGCAUCUCGUGAACAGGCGGGCGAGAACGAUGAGUAUUGCUCAGCGUGCGGCAACGCUGGGGAGAUGGUUUGCUGCGACGGUUGUCCUCGAGCAUUUCACUUUGAAUGCGUCGGUAUCAACCCCGAGGAAUCCCUGCCCGACGAAUGGUACUGUAGUGAGUGCCUCGUCAAGGCCAAUCCCACCCACGUCAAGGUGCACCGAGGCGCUUUUGGCCCGGCACUGAAUCAGCUCGACAAGAGCAUUCAUCGGGCCUUCGCUCUGCCCAGGCGCAUUCAGGAGCGCUUCGAUGGUGUCAAGGCUGGCCCUGAUGGAGAGUACGAGGAGGUUGUGGUCCCUGCCAAGCCUACCGUGACCACCAGGCGCAAGACCAAUGGAUACGAAGAGGCCCCGGACUACUACAAGCAGAUCGAGUCGGGCGAGCCUGUGCUUUGUCAUGACUGUCAACUGCCGGCUUCCGAGGGCAAGCCCAUCUUGUCUUGUACCGCCUGCCCGCUGCACUGGCACAUGGAUUGCAUGAAUCCGCCAUUGGCCGUCCCUCCUCUGCAAAAGACAUGGAAAUGCCCAGCGCAUCUUGAUGAUGCCCUGCAAGAGAAGCCUCCGCUGGCGCCAGCCCAUCGCUGGCGCAAGGUCAAAGGGGCGCCAGUCAUCAUUCCAGCUCUUUCACGAGGUCUUCGCAACAAUGGCCACAUUGAGCUUGACUGGGGUUCUGAGCCUGAAGCUGAUGCCUAUGAUCGGUCUGGGUGGACUGAUGACCAGUCCGGGUGGAAAGACGUGGCCUCCUUUGGGCGCACGUUCAAGGUUUCAGCCACAGGAGUUCGUCUCGAUUUCAUUGAGCAGCUUCGUAUACAAGGAGCUGGCUUUGCCCCUCCGAAGGAUCAGCAGCCUGCAGGUCGCCAGCAGCCGUAUCUAACUCCUCCUGUCGAUGACACCGCUCACUCUCAGCCUAGUGCACGCAGCAUCGAAGAAAUGCAAGCUUCGCUGGUGUUGAGUAGCCUGAGCACCUCGGAAUCGCGGACAGGAAUGGAACAGCUUUUAUCCGCUCUCGUGACCGAGGCUGACUCAAGCGUGCUGUCCUGUAUUGCUGACGCCGAUGCCGUGAACAUCACGAACAAGAAGCUGCAGCAUAAAGACAAGGCCAGCCUCCGUGCUCUUCUGGCGCACAUGGAACGUAUGGGCUCUCAAAUCCGGGCCAUGCUGGGUGAGGAUGCUACACCCACCCUCCCUUCUCUUCCCGACCAGAGGCGCUCCAUGAGCCACGACAAGGACGAAGAAUUUCCCGAAAUGAAGCAUGAUUCUCUGGUCACAGAACCCACACCGCCAUCAACUAUUGAUCACGAGGGUGGCAUGGAUCUGGACUAG